UAAAAAGCAUACUCGUCAGUAUAUUGUAGACCUCUUAAUACAUUUGACGGAUCCGUGUCGAGUGGAGUAUUUUCGCGCUCUCUCGAAGCAACCUGAACAGCAGCAUCAGCCCAAGCAGGCGUUGGCGGAGUGUGGUGUGUUGUCGAUGAACAAAGCAGCGUUCGCGAGUUGUGCGAUUGUUCUGUGAGCGUUCUAGAGUCGCUAGAAUCGCAGUUGGCCAGUGUUGUGAUCUCGGUUUGCGCGCGGGUGUGUGUCGUAGUGUGCUCUCGACGGAUGUUCCGGUAGAGUGGAACCGCUUAUCAAACGCUUCACCAUCAUCAAUCGGUUAUUUAUUGUUAUUAUUGGCCUCUGGAGAGCCCGGCCAAGAGUGUCAAAGAAGUCCGGUGUGAAGGAGGACGACGACGUGGUUCAAGUGUUGAAUUAUCCGCGUGGAGUAAGUGGCUCUGGUGUCGCCGCGACCAUCCUUGAUUGAUACUUUCGCGUGGCGCGCAAGGGUACUCGUGGCUACACUCUCGUGCUAUAACUCUCGACGAGCUGCUCCAGUUCCACCGGAUUACUACCGGGCGUCAAGGUCGCGAUCCUUGAGUGUCAAGUGUGUUGUUGUGACUCGCGUCUGCCAACCGAUCCCGCGCUAAACAAUUUGGCCCGAUAUGACGGAUUGAUGCCGAUGUGAUCUCUUGCUCGCGUGUGUGUGUGUGACUCGUAGUUGCGUCCUCUUGUUGGGGCAGUUCCUUUCGUGACCUGUCCAGUGACUUUCCCCGGUGUGCGCGUGUUGUCCAGAGCCGGCUCGGUACAUGUCCACCACACUGUCCAGUGUAUCUGGAGUGUAUCCAGAGGAUUCUGAGCAAGAGCAUGGACUAUUACCCGAUUUAAAUGGUGUUGACCUGGUUAUGAGCUUAUCGCCAAAGUCAGCCCACCACCACCAUCACCAUCUGACCAGUUUACAGCACCUGCAGAACCUACAGCACAGUUCGCUGCACAGCCACUCGACGCCCUUUAGCGUCACCGAUAUCCUCAGCCCGAUCGAAGAGUACCGCAAGCUGGAACUCACCAAUCCACCGUCCCCUUAUAGCGGCGGGAGCAGCGUCAAUUCGCCAAGUGCCCUCGGAGGAGGCGGCGGCGGCACAGGUUCCAACACGGUGUCCGCGUCGGCAUCGGCAGCGGCGGCCGCGGCAAGCAGCAUGGCCAACCCGUACGCGAUGGGUUCGCUGUACCACAGUCCGGGCGUGCAGAGUUACUGCGGGCCGACGGACAACCUGUCGCUGGCCGGUCACUACACCGAUAUGCGCAGUACGGCCGCGGCCGGCUGGUACCCAUCGACGGCGAGCGACCCGCGGUUCGCAAGUGAGUACUCCGUUUUUUCCCGACUGAUGGGUGGCUCCGCCGGGGGCAGCAUGGGCCACGCCAUGUCCAACAUGGGCAGCCUGGCGGCGUGCAGCGUGACGGACACGAAGCCGAUGCAGUUCCCGCUGGCCCAGCGGCGGAAACGGCGCGUCCUCUUCACCCAGGCACAGGUGUACGAGCUGGAGCGACGAUUCAAACAACAAAAGUACCUGUCAGCGCCCGAACGGGAACACCUAGCCAGCCUGAUACAUCUCACGCCUACGCAGGUUAAGAUUUGGUUUCAGAACCACCGGUACAAAUGCAAGCGGCAAGCGAAGGAAAAGGCGAUGGCCGAACAGAACCAGCACAACCAGUCAGCCAGCUCACCACGACGUGUGGCCGUACCAGUACUAGUUAAAGAUGGCAAGCCGUGUUCCGGCGGCUCUAAUUCCAGUGCUUCUGCUCAACAGCAGCAGCAGCAGCAGCAACAACAACAGCAACAACAGCAACAACAACAACACCAGCAGCAGCAACAGCAACAACAGGUUGCCCAGCAACAGCAGCAAGUGAACGGCAGUUCGCUGGGCAGCGGAGGCGGAAGUGGGUCCGGCGGCGGCGGUGGCGGAAGUACUUCCAGCGUAAUCCUCACCAGCGACUCGAACCACACGCACUCGCCGGACACGCCCACGUCGUCGCUGCUGUCGCCGUACCAAACGCACCAGGUCACGGGCCAGAUGCUGCAGCAGCCGUGCAAUAACAGCCUCAUGACCAACUCGCUGGCCAUGGCGUACCGGAACCAGAACAACUUCAUGGCCAACAGUCACCAGCAGCAGUGCGGAAGCUACCUGCCGCUGCAGACGCGAGCCUGGUAAUAUUAGUUGAUCUGUUAGGUUGUUUUAACCCUUUUGAUUCUUUCUGUUCCUGCGAACACAAAGCAUUCUAUUGAUUACGCAUUCCAUGUGUUGGUGUGGGGAAAAAAAACACCAACACAAGCACACUGUUAGCCGAUGAGAGAGAGAAGGGUAGUUCGUUUUACUUAAUUUUAUAAAUUAAUAUAUAUAUAUUACUUUAGGUAAGUUGUAGCAGCAAUUUUUCCCCGACACGUGUGAAAACGAAAAGGACUUACACAAAGAAAUACAUUCAUACGCGCAAAUUGUACAUACCAGAACAGAUACUAAGCAGAGUUAGCUAAUAAGAAGAGGGAGAAGGAAAACACAAAAUGGCGGAACAGCGGGAAAUAGAAUCACAUCACAAGAAGGCGGUUGGUUUGGCACGUAGUCUGCCGAGGAAGGUGAGCUAUCGCAGCAGGCUGCGGACAAAGUUGAGCAUUCUCGGGCAUGGUAACUGAUGAUAAAUAAUAAAGUGUAAAUAAAAACUUCAAAACAGUUUUUUGGAAGAAAAUCUACAAUGUGGUUUUGGCAAUGUGGACGGUUUUAGAUUUAGCAAACUGUAAACACCUGAGUGAUGAAUAGAGAGAAUGCGUAACGUGAUUUUCGAAUGAUCCCACUUUGUUUACAUCUACAAAGUAGGAGGAUGUUCAAGCACAAGCAUGUCUUUUUUCUUACUGGUAAAUGAGCUGUUUUAUUUUGUCUAGUUUUUGACAUUUUUUGCUGGAAAAUUGUCGCGUUUCGAUCGGUUAGAAGAGAUUUUUCUUUUCUACGGGUGACGAAGAUCUGCGGCGAGAGUGUAAUUCUGCGAUGUCGCAAAUAAAUUCCCUGGCUGAUUUUGGAAUCCUGCAGCUCUUCCUGAUCCAGCGAAAAAACAUCGCUAAUUCUAGCGAAGCUGAUCCAACAAACAGAAAGGAUUUUCACUAAACCAGGUUUUCAAACGGAAUCAAACAAUAGAGACAGCUUCUGGAUGGAUACAACCGCAUCGACUCCAUAAACAACUUCCAGUCAUAAUUAUAAAAAAUACGAUCUCGCCUUCAACUUUCAUAAGGUCUCUUGACUUCAACCCCAGGUUCUCAAAAGCCACUAAUUUUUCUUUCUUGCAAAAAAAAUAAAUAAAUAAUUUUUAAUGAUCGAUCACAUUACUCUCUACUUUUGGCGAACAGUAAAUUGGUUCCACUUUGAAAAGCCGUUUUGCGAACCACUAUUAAGCAACCAGGUAAACACUCACCGGAUUUUCUUGGACUUUUUUCCGGUCACAGAUAAACACGCGGAAUUUCACUUUUCUCUACAAACAACUUCUAUUUACCGGUAUAUUUUGAUUUGAUCUUGAUUUGACAAGGUUGAUCUUCCAUCUUCACGAUACUCCUUGCGACUGACUGGUCAGCGCACGCGGCGCACGCCCUCUCGAUGUUUUUGACGUUUACGCGCAAAAGGAGGCGUCUUUGUGCCGUGGUUUUUCUGUCAGGUUGGCAGCGCCGUUGCUGUCAGUGGCGCAGGCGUGGGAUUACGCUCACCGGGUGGUUAUUAUACAUUGGAGUAAUAGGGUCCUAAAACCCUAUGUAAAUAUUUAUGUACAACGGUAAAAAACACGUUUAAAAACCAUUGCUGAUAACUUUUUGUUAUUUUAAAGCAAAAAAAAGUUGACAAGACAACCUUUUUUCGAUGGAUUAACUAUGGUCCCCUUGGAAAGAGCUGUCAAGUACGAACUUUUCUGUCAAGAAGGACCGCGAGAUUAAUUUUUAACAUAGUACAAAGGGUAAUUUAACUCAGAAAAAUAAGCUUUAUCGUUGUGAACAAUAAUAUAAGCAAUCUAAGUUUAAUUUUAGGACCCAACUCUCUCCGUUUUCGCAAGUUGGCUUUGCUGUGUAAUUUUUUAUGAGACUUGAAUUCCCUAUGCCAAAUGAAGACAUUUUGCAACGCUAUUUUUCCAAAAAGCAUUCAAUGUUAGGGGCUGGUCAAAAUGGGUUUGUAAAUGUAUGAAAUUCUACAUCUGGAGAAGGAAAUGUCUGAUCAAUUUAGUGUCUUCGGCAAAGUUGUAGGUUAUGGUCCCAGUCGAAAAAUAAAAAAAAACACGAAAAAAAACGAUUAAUUGUAUCCAACUUUUUGUUACUUAAUGUUAAAUUCCAAAAACAAGUUUUUUUUUGUUUUUCAAUUUUUUAUAUGUUUUAGUGAUUUAAAUGACAUGCUCAAUGUAAUUCCGGAGAAAAAAUAAUGUUUUAUUUUGAAAAUUUUGAAAAACGGACAAAAACCAAAACCGAACCGAAUUUACAAAUGAAAAGUAAUUUUUUCAAUAAAUGUACCGUUCUCAAGUUACAGCCCCUUUUGGGUAUAUAUUUUCGAUUUGUUUUCGUUUUUGCGCAUUUUAAAAAUACUUCUUGAAAGAAAAGCACCUCAACCAAACAUAACUUUAAAAGUGAUUAUAACUCCAUUACGGUGCUCACCAUUUCGAUUUUUUUUCUGAAUUUUUUUUUUCAAAAAUUCUUAUCUCUGAAAACAGACUUUGCACCAUAAUGAACUCUGGCUCAAAAGAAUCCAACUCUUAGGAAAAAAAAAGUUAAAUAAAGAAAUAAGUAUUUUCAAAGCGUAAUAUUUUUUUCUGAAUAGUCCUAAUUACAGUCUACAACUUUGCAGAAGAUACUAAAUCGAUCAGAAAAUUACAUUUUAAGAUACAAAUUUUCAUAUGCUUACCAACCAAAAAAAAAUUAGAAAAUGUUACUUUUCAAUAUUAAUGCUGAACUUUUCAGCACUUGUAUUGAAAGGUAUCAAUUUUCCAUUCUGUUAUUUUUGGUAGAGAAAAGUAGGCCAAUUCGACGUACGAGAAUGAAUUUAUUUUUUUCCCCAUUUUGAAUCAGAUUUUUUCAGUGAAAGUCAAGAUAAGUGUCAGACUUCAUAGUAACGAAAAGUAUUGCUUUUCGAUGCAAGUCCUUUUUUUUAAUUAUAUUUAUUCAGAUUGCGAUUGCAUCACUCGAGUCAUUGCGGAUUUGCCUUAGUCGAAGUAGAUGUCCAGCCCAUCCCAAUAACAAAUACAAAUAUACUAAUUGAAAAGCAAAUUUAGUGGCGUUUUACUCGUCAUCUGUAAAUGUAAAGAUGAUAACAAAAUCAUUCAAAGCUUUCUCGUAAAAUAUAUGAUAAAGUUUCGUUCUUCCUUGGUAUUUUUUCCUUUAGUGAGUUGAUCGUGUUUGAUGUAAAAAUUUUCAUCGCUCAUUAUCGAUAUAAAGUAAAUGUGUUAAAAAAAAACAUUGUUGUUUUCUUAGUAAAACCAACCUUUUUGCAAUUGUUCCUAAAAUUAAGCUUAAAUUUGUGAUAUUAUUGUUCACAAAGAUAAAGCUUGUUUUUCUGAGUACAAUGACCCUUUGAACGACCGCAAAGGAUUUGAAAUAGAUUUUAAAUCAAUUUUGAAAAAUUAACUUCACGGCCCUUCUUGACAGAAAAGGUCCUACUUGACAGCUCGUUCCAAGGGGACCAUAGUUGAUCCAUCGAAAAAAUGUUGUCUUGUCAAUAUUUUUUUGCAUUAAAAUGAAAAAAAGUGAUCAGAAAUGGUUUUUAAUCGUGUUUUUUAUCGUUGUACAUACAAAUUUACAUUGGGCUUUAUUACCCAAUUCAAACAUUUAUAAAAAAUACUUUUAAAAGUUUUAACAAAAUUUAUUUAAUUCUGAAAUUUCGUCAAGUAUUUGCUUGCAGAAUAUUUAGUAGUACAGAUUCAAGUGAACAUUUACUGUAUUCAAUGGCGUAUGUCGUAAAGGUAAACAAAAAUAUUUAUUUUUAUUUUUUUAAGAUCUUCUGACUGUUUUGUCUCCAAUUUUUUUUUUUUACAAUUUUACAUUCGGUUACAAUGCCCGAGAAUCGGCGUAAAACAAACAGGAUUUGAGUACUGAGUACAACUGUUACAGAGCAUCAGUCGUGUAAAAUAGAGCAAAACUAUAAAGAAAAAGAAACAACCUUGUGAGACACCAAUAACAGCACAACGGAGUAUAAUAAAAAAAAAGUACAUCGACAGAAUUGCAAUAAUAUCAAAAAACUUAAUCCUUAAUUCCGAAAAGAAACUCGUUUGCGUCAAAAUUAGCAGUCGCUUUGUGCAACAAAGGUAACCAAUCCAAUCCCGCGAAAUAAAUCAAUUUUAAUUAACGUGUAAAUAGCCCGCAUCCCAUCCCACGAAUCAAUGAAUCGAAACGGUUAUAAUGAAAUUAAAAAUUAAUUCCGCCAUGCACCGUCAUCAAUCAAUUGGCUGCAAAUAAUCAGGAUGAGCACAGAAAGCAAAAAAUAAAAAUAAAAUUAAAAUAAACGAAACUUGACCGCGCCCCAGCAGCGCACCUUUUUGUACAUAUACUCUAUUAAAAUAUAAAUGAAUCGCGCUGCGGGUUUUAAUCAAAAGUUCGAAUGCUUAUCCCAAUUGAAAAACAAAAAAAAAUCGCCAAGGAAAUGAGCACACAC